AUGCGCGUGCUUACUCUCGUUCGUUACCAACAAGAUAGUUUCAGCGGUUUUUGUGCAGUAACUUAUUUGAGUUUUGCUCCUCCAGGACUCAAACAAGUCCUUAUAACUGGUGGAAUUCCACCCAUUGCAAAUGGAUGCACUGCAGAUGCUGUAUAUAAAGCAAGCUCGGAGCAGGUUACUAUUCAAAGUGAGAAGUACUCCAAGAGGUAUCGUCAGGAUGCAGAAGUUGUUCGUGAAGUUGCAAAGUACUUUGCAGAAUGUGAAGGUGGUAGGGUGAUUCUUCCUUCUGGUGGCAUCUUGACGCCUAGGGGUUUCCAAACUCUCGGUCUUUCUGGCUUAGGAUUCAGUGCUAGCUUCGAGCGAUCGCACUAUGUAAGAGGACAGAUUUUCAAGCUUGAGAGUGCUUGGGAUCCUAUUUUAGUACCUGAGGCAUUGAAGCAAAUCAGUUACUUCUUCUUGAAAACUUUUGAGAAUUGGUUGGGUUUUGAUACAAAUCCUCUUUAUGCUCUUCUAAAUGAGCCCAUAUACUGUCAGGGUGCUUCAUCAGAGCGGUCUGCUUAUAGAUUGAUAGGUGAAGAUGAAAGCAAGUUUGAUGCCGUAAAGGUGGCAAAAGAAGGUCGUCCUGUUCUUUUUACAGGAGAGGUGGGAGGGACCUCUGUAAUACUGCAAUUAAUGGGUCAUGUGUGUAUAAAAUAUAUUUAUAAUAUUUAUUAG